AUGAAUAUACCCCCUGCUGAUGUAGCGGACGAUGAGGAUUUGCAAUGGUUUAUUUCUGUUCACACAGAAGCGGCGUUGUGUGUAAUUGCAGAUGAAUAUAAUGCUGGAGAGCACAAACUGCAUGUCGGAGUUGAGCAUUUGUCACCAAUAGAAGAUGCAUUGUGUGGACGCGAUGAAGUCGGUAUGUGCGAACUACAAGAGCUACAAACGAUUGAUAAUAUGGAUGAAAGUUUAGGUCAAGGCAAUUUGUUUAUUCAAAAUGCAAUUGAGUCGAUUGAUGAAGAGGACAUUGUGGAGAAUCAGAUAUUCUUUAGCAAACAACAGUUACACACAAGGCUUCAACUUAAGGCUUUGAAAGAGAAGUUUCAUUUCAAGGUUAAAAAGUCGAAUCCUAGAUCUCUUACUGUGUGUUGUGUUGAUACUACAUGCCAUUGGCUAGUACGAGCUUCUAAGAUAAAAAUUUCAGAAAUAUUUACGAUUCGAGAGUACAUACCUGAGCACACAUGUUCUCUAGACGUUCGACGAAAUGCACAAAUUCACGCAAUGAGUGCAGUAAUUGGGCAUCACAUAAUGCGAAGAUUGGACGAUGCAAACCAAUCAUACGUUCCUGUGGGUAUUAUUAGGGAUAUGAAACGUGAGUUUGGUGUACAGAUUACCUACAACAAAGCAUGGAGGGCUAAAGAGAAGGGACUUCGAUUUCUUCGUGGUACACCCGAAGAAAGUUUCCAGAAAUUGCCAUCAUAUUGUCACAUGUUAACCGAGAAAAAUCCAAGAACUAUUGUACACAUUGAACUCGACUCGAACAAUAGGUUCUUGUACUUCUUCUUAGCAUUCGGGCCUAGUGUACGUGGUUUUCGAGAAUACAUGAGGCCAGUAAUUUGUGUUGAUGGAAGUCAUUUAAAGGGCCAAUAUAAGGGAACACUACUAGUAGCUGUAGCGCAAGAUGCUAACCUACAAAUAUAUCCUCUUGCGUGGAGUGUUUUCGAUGGGGAAACAAAUGUAUCGUGGUAUUGGUUCUUUGCAAAGUUGAAAGAUGUCGUUGAUGAUUCAAACCAGCUAGUUUUUGUGUCGGACAGGAAGAAGAGUAUUAAGCGGGCAAUUACGAGGUUGUUCCCACUUUCUCACCACGGUGCCUGCAUCUGGCAUAUCGAGAAAAAUCUUAUUGCUCUAUAUAGCAGUAGCAAUGUCAUCUUCUUAUUCAAGUGGGCAACGCUAGCAUACCGCGUAUCAGAAUUUGAUCAGUUCAUGACACAGAUAAGAACCAUUCGACCGUCAAUGGCAUCUUACUUGGAACGUGUAGGUAUAUCCACCUGGUCACGGGCACAUUUUGUUGGUAAUCGGUACAAUGUUAUGACGAAUAACAUUGUGGAGUCACUGAAUUCAGUCCUAAGGCGACAAAAAAGUUUCCCUAUAACCUCGUUGAUCGAAAAUAUUACGUCAUUGAUGCAACGAUGGUUCUACGAGAGAAAAAGUGCAUCCACGAAUAUAACACAUGUUCAUGUCGAGAGUUUCAUAUGCGACAAAUCUCAUGUUUACAUGCAUCCCGAGCUACUUGAGCAAAAGAAAAAAUUAUUGUAUGAUUUGUGCUCUCCUUACUACACCACAGAAUAUUGGCGAGCUGCGUACAAUGAAGUUCUUCACCCCUUUGGCCUAGAGUCAGAUUGGGUUGUUCCUCAGUCUAUUCGUUCCGUCGAAAUUUUGCCCUCGAAUAUACGUAGAACACCAGGUCGACCUCCUACCCAACGUCAACGGUCAAGAACUGAAAGACACAAUGUGGUAAUGGAUGCAAAAGCAACCUAUGAAUAA